AUGGGGUCCCUUGAAGAUUUUUCUGACGCUCCGGAAGAAGAGUCCAGCAAACUUCACACCUCCCACUCCUUCUCUUGGAACUUCAAGGCCAAGGAAGUGUGGGCCAACAAGAGCCCGAACUACGUCCUCCGGAGUCGGAACAGGGAGGGCAUCUUGAUCCAGAUGGCCUUCUCCAUGUGGCUGGGCAGCAUGUGGCGCUUCCCUUACCUGUGCCACCGCAACAACGGAGGAGGCAGCUUCAUCCUCCUCUACCUCAUCAUGCUCCUCCUGUUUGGGGUCCCCCUCCUCUACCUGGAGAUGCUCAUUGGACACUGGCUGCAGGAGGACAGCAUCCAGAUCUGGAAGCAGCUUGUCCCCUGGAUGGGGGGGGUGGGCUACUCCAACAUACUGGUGAGCGUCCUGGUGAGCUUGCACAACAGCACCAUCAUCUCCUGGUGCCUCUUCUACCUGAGCCAGUCUUUUGUCUACCCCCUGCCCUGGAGCCAUUGCCUGAUGGCGAAGAACAGCAACACCACUGACUUAUCUUGCCUGUGGACGGUGCCCCAGCAGUACUUCUGGUACCACACGGCCCUGCGCGCCUCAGACAACAUCGAGACCGGGAUGAACACUAUGGUUUUCCACCUCUGCCUGGGCGUACUCACCACCUGGGCCUUCCUCUUCUUAAUCAUGACUGCCGAGAUCAAGAUUUCAAUGUCUAUACUCACUUCCUCCAUCUUCCUCCCCUACAUUCUCCUCCUCUGCCUCCUCAUCCGGAGUGUGUUUCUGGAAGGUGCGUUUGGCAGCCUCAAGCGGAUGCUGACCACAGAGCUCGCUACCUUGGCCUCCAUGGAAGUGUGGUACGAGGCAGGAAGCCAUGUGCUCUACUCUCUGGGCCUGGGCCUCGGCACCAUCAUGACCCUGUCCCAGGCCAGGUACACCAACUACAUCAAGGCAGCGUCCUCGGUGGCUUUCGUCAACCUGGUGACCUCGCUGCUGAUCACAUCAAUCGUAUUCCUAGUGCUGGGGUUCUGGGCCACCACCAGUGGCCACACCUGUGUUGAGAUGAGUGUCUCGAGUCUGACGAAGUUCAUCUCCAAGGGCAUUCUGCCGCAGAAGGCCAGGCCCCCGGAUGACGUGCUGCGCCGGCCCCCCAUGGACUACCUGAUGUGGAUCAUGGGCCUCCCCAAGCACCUCCAGCACAAGGUCAUCCAGCUGUCCCCGUCCUGCAGCGUCAUGGUGAAGAACGAAAAGUUCAUGCAGGGACUGGGCCUGUCAUUCGUAGCCUUCUCCCAAGCCGUCUCGUUGCUCCCCGGGGCCUCUUUCUGGGCCAUCAUCUUCUUCCUGGCUCUGAUCAUCAUGGAGCUGUGCAUCAUGAUAAGAAUCUUGGAGUGCAUUACUCUAACACUCCAGAAUUUCAUUUUCACAAAGCACCCCAGGAUGGUUCCAGUGGUCAUCUGCUUGGGAGGUUGUCUGGGCAGCCUCAUCUUCUCCAGUUGCUCUGGCAGCUACAUAGUGGCUUUGUUAGAUGACCACACAAUUCCGCUGGUCUUCAUCAUCGUGGUGCUAUUCCAGAAUGUGGCUCUGGCCUGGAUCUACGGAGCCCAGAGGUUCCGGCAGGCGAUCCUGGAGAAGCUGGGCCACCUGCUGAGGCCCUUGGUCACCGUGCUGUGGAGCUGCGUAACACCGCUCUGGCUGCUGAUCCUCCUGGGCGUCUGGCUGCUGGACCACUACCGGGGGCCUAGCCUCUCCUACAUCACCUGGAACAGCAGUAUGAGCCAGGAGGUGAGGCAGCCCUACCAGGGGUGGGUGCUACACUGCCUCACGGGCCUCAGCAUCCUCCCGCUGUUCGUCAUCUUCAUCUACCUGCUGCACCACUGGUGGCACCUCCAGGACUCCACUAUCCCCGACGCCCCAGAGAGGCUGCCAGCCAAAAAGAUGCCCGCUGUGCUCCCCAAACCUCUGCCCUGGCCCAAGCACCCCAUGAAGAAAUCCACCACAGAGCCCCAGGAUGCCAGCAGCAGGUCGUCGGAGUUCAGCCUGCCCCUGAGGGCCAGGAGCUCGUCCUGGUUCAAGACAUUCCUGCUGCCCUCCUCCCAGGACAGCCUGAUGACACCCCUGCAGGUGACCCCCACCUCAGCGACCCUGGAGGACAGCCCAUCCACCAACAGGCCGCCGCAGGCCACAGGCUCAGCAACUCCGAAUGCUGCUCCUAUCCUCCAAGAGAGCAAAUCUACCAGCUAG